UCCAUCUUCAAUACUUGGUGGGAAUUAAUUUGCCUUAAGAACUGCCUUGAUGCACCGUAGCAUUGAUGCCAUCAGCUUGUGGGUCUGAAAGUAGGUCAAGUAUUAUUAGAAAAUUUUAACCAAAUUGUACAACUUUUAUUAUCCUAAAGUGAAGUGACAUGUUUUACAUGAAGCAUUUGUCCCCACAGCUGCACGCAGAGGCCUCCUUGUGUUUGGUUGUCGAUGAGGAAGACUCUGUGAAGGCUGGGGACAUCCACAUGCUGAAGUCUCAAGUUCCCAAGUUGAAGUGUGUGUGUGUGAAUCCGCCAAGGGUGUAUCCAAUACGGGAUAAAAUUAGGCCAGGCAGGCCUUAUACUGCUGACGGAGCUGGGGUCGCCAAAAAAAGCCUGGAGUGCAAAGCAGCAGAAGGAAGGAAGAGGAGCGAGCAGGAUCGCUGCCGAAAUGGCCACCAAACUGGUGGAUCUGGUGUACUGGAGGAGCAUGAGGCGGACAGGUGUGGUAUUUACGGGGCUGGUGAUUGGUCUGGCCAGCAUCUUCCAGCUGAGCGCCAUCACAGUGCUUUCUCAUGUCUGCCUGGGUAUCAUGUGCAUCACCUUCCCUCUCCGUCUUUAUUAUAAGCUGCUGGAGCUGCUGCGCUGGAACCCUGGCAUCCACCCUUUUCAGUCAUAUCUGGAGUAUGACGUCUCCCUGACGGAUAAGGACACCGUGAUGCUGGUGGAGGAGGUGGUGCUGCUCAUCGCGUUUGCUGUCACAGAGAUCAAGAGGCUUCUUUUUAUCGAUAACCUGAUUGACUCCAUCAAGUUUGUUGUGCUCCUUUACCUGCUGACCUGUGUUGGCACGGUAGCCAACGGACUGACCCUUCUGAUUGGAGCUGUGAUCGCUGUUUUCUCUCUUCCUCUGUUGUACAAAAAGCAGCAGGUGCGGAUAAGAAAGAUGAUGAGAACCUUCAGAAGUUUGGUGAAGAAAGCCAGAAACCAGUUUGACAGUCUGUAUGGGUCAGUGGCAUCCUCCGCUCCCUCCGCUCCCCCACCAAAACCUGCCCUGCCGCCCGCUGCCGCUCCCCCCAAACAGAAAGCCAAGUCAAAGUAAAGUGACAGCAAGAAGAUUCAGGAAAAUUGGGAAAAUUCUGGCAUGGUUCAUCGUCUGUGGGGCCGCUGAUGGGGGCAGCUCAUUUCCAUAUCUCCACCAUUAUUGUUUAAAGGGAGCAACACUUAACUGAUUCUGACAGCAGAAACAAAGCUGCCAUUCACGCCAGGAGAAGGAGGGGAGCUUCAUUCACUGACAUGCUCUCUGCAGGCCGCCUUUAGCGUUCACACAGUUGUCCUGCUUUAACUGGGAGAACAAUCCUUGAGUUCACUUGUUCAUUUUUCAUCCUGGACUGCAAACAUUCAAGAUAAAUACCUGGCAUUGCUCCUUCUGUCUGUACUUCACCGUUAGCAGGAUGGAAUGAGCCACAACUCGCCAACAAUCAGCAUUAAAAGUGUUGCCCUAAUGCACUUUUAAGCAGCAAAUCUGAAAUAAUAAUGCAAGCAUUGUUUCUCUGCAGCCAACUGUGUUUAUUCAGGCCUCUGCACUGCUCUUGGUUUCAAGCAGGUUUGAAAGCAACUUCAUGGGGAACGCAACAACAAAAUGAAACUGCCUUCUCAGUGUUAAUCCAUUAAAUGGGAUUUGCACAAAAAUCUUAAAGUAAACCAUAGAUAACAUGACAAAUGAAAAAAAUAGCAAGUGGUGUCUUCAAUGAAACCGAUUUUUCUGUAAAAAUGUAUUAAGUUAAUUUAGAGCAUCCCUUCCAGUCUGCAGGAUUUCAGUGUAACACUAUCAAAGCACUCUUUGAGGACAUUUCAGCAGAUUUUACUAUUUUCUAAGUAAAUGUUGCAAAUAAAAGAUGCUAUCAACAUAUAUAAGAUUAAAAAGACACUCAUAAGUCCAAUAUAGAAUUUUACAAAGAAAUGUUUGGAUUACCAGAAAAGCAAGCAAAGUUUUAUCAUAAUUUACAUCUCUUAGGAAUUAAAUCCUUUGGGAAGCAGCAAACAUGAAAUAAUUAUUUAUGAUUCUACUGUCAAUUUAUGACAAACAUACAAUGUUUUGGUCAAAUCUAUUUAAUCUCAAUCAAUAUUUAACUUUAUGUGAGUAUUUUUUUUUUAUUUUUGACGCAUUCAGUCUUCCAACGAACUGAUGCUCUUGGUGCUAUUACAUAAUAACACAUACAAAGCAUAGAAUGAGUGUCCCUUAAGAAACAAUUAGUGUUACGAUUGCCAAAUCUGAGCCAGUGAACUGUACACAGCUACUUUAGAGCAGCUUCUGCUGCAUGCUUUUGAGUCAGAUCAUUGUUUUUGCAGAGCAACACAACAAAGCUGAACAUGUACUAAUGUCUUAAUGAGCCUAAAUGACAUAUUGGCUGUGUGUUUUGUGAGUCAGGUGAAGAUGCUCUGAGAAAAUAGCUGCUUGUGUUUGACAAGAUGUUCAUAUUCAAUCCUUAUGGAUGUUGUUGAACUGUUUAUAAUGCAAAGAAUACUCUCAAAUGAAAUAGGUCAUUUUGGAACCACUUUACUUUGUAUAGUACAUUUAAGAAUAAUCAAUUUAGCGUGAAAUCACUUUUCUUUGUUCUUUUACAUGCAUGGCAAAACUGCUUAAAAGUUGCAACUUCACUGAGGAAUUAUCACUUUUAUCUUUGGGUUUACAGCGUUUCUUAUGAUCCCUUCUUUUUGUCGCUAUGUAUUUAUGUUUUUAUUUUUAUCGUUCCAUGUUGCUCCCAAAUAAAAACUUGUGUUGGCCUGCGACUGA